CCCAUUUCACUUCAUCACCACUAACUACAUUUCUCCAUCUCUCUAAACCAUCUUAAGCUUCUCAACAAUGGCUUCCUCUACAAUGGCUCUCUCUUCCCCUUCCCUCGCCGGUAAAGCAGUAAAACUCUCUCCAACCGCCUCCGAUCUUCUCGGUGAAGGAAGAAUCACCAUGAGAAAAACCGCCGGAAAACCCAAACCCGUUUCAUCAGGAAGCCCAUGGUACGGCCCAGACCGUGUUAAGUACCUAGGCCCAUUCUCCGGUGAACCCCCAAGCUACCUAACUGGUGAAUUCCCCGGUGAUUACGGUUGGGACACCGCCGGCCUAUCAGCUGACCCAGAAACUUUUGCUAAAAACCGUGAACUAGAAGUCAUCCACUGUAGAUGGGCUAUGUUGGGUGCUUUGGGCUGUGUUUUCCCCGAACUAUUGGCCCGUAACGGAGUCAAAUUCGGUGAAGCGGUAUGGUUCAAAGCAGGAUCCCAAAUCUUCAGUGAAGGUGGGUUGGAUUAUUUGGGUAACCCUAGUUUAAUCCAUGCUCAAAGCAUCCUUGCCAUAUGGGCAUGUCAAGUAAUCUUAAUGGGUGCCGUUGAAGGCUACCGUGUUGCUGGUGGGCCUCUUGGGGAGGUUGUAGACCCACUUUACCCGGGUGGUAGUUUUGACCCGUUGGGUCUUGCUGAUGACCCGGAAGCUUUCGCUGAGUUGAAGGUGAAGGAGAUUAAGAAUGGUAGAUUGGCUAUGUUCUCCAUGUUUGGGUUCUUUGUUCAAGCAAUUGUUACAGGUAAAGGUCCAUUGGAGAACCUUGCUGAUCAUCUUGCUGACCCAGUAAAUAACAAUGCUUGGGCUUAUGCUACUAACUUUGUUCCUGGAAAUUAAUUUGAGUUUUAGGGUUUUAGGGUUGAUUCAUUUGGAACAUUGUUUUGAUAGUGAUGUGGUGAUGGUUUAAUGUAAAUUGUAUUUGAUCCAAUUUAAGGAAUACUUAUAAUGCAUGCCUACUAUUACUACUUCGUGUGCUAA